GCACGGGGCCAUCCGCAGCGGAGGCUGGCCCUGCCGCGCCGUCCCCGUGGCUCCGUCCUGAGUGUGGAGAGGUGUUGCGUGUGCGGAUGAGUUCCCCAGCCGGGGACCUCGGGUUGUGUUCGGUUCGAGGCCACUGUGAAUGCAGGCUUUCAAACGUGGACGUGGUUUUCUGGGUCGUGUGAGAAGCGUGUGGUGGGUCCUCAUUAAUUUAAACAGUUUUGCCGAGUGACUCCACUGUCCUGCCGUCCGUCCGGCAAAGGGGGCACCGUGCCUGAGUGCUUGCCUGCACCUGGGACGGCCGUUUUUGUGGCUGGGUGUGGCCACUCCUGGGGCCAGUGGUGGCCGACCGUCGCCACUGACGGUGCUGAGGAUCCUUGCGCUUCCUCCAGGCGCUCCUCAGAGGGGCUUCGGGAGGAGGCAGCCAGGGAGGCCCCGGGGCAGGUGGGGCCUGGCACUCAGCGGGUGCCGGCUCACGGUAGGGCCCUGCACGCUCUAGGCGCUCAAUAAAUGCUGAGUGAAGCAUCUGGCCUCUGCCUCAGGACUGGCCGGUCCUUUGGGAGGAAGCGGUCUCCCCAGCACAGCCAAGCUCCAGGAUACCGAGAAGGCUUUCUCUGGAAGCGCGGCCGGGACAAUGGGCAGUUUUUAAGUCGGAAGUUUGUGCUGACGGAACGGGAAGGGUCCCUGAAGUAUUUCAACAGAAGCGAUGCCAAGGAGCCCAAGGCUGUCAUGAAGAUCGAGCAUCUGAACGCCACUUUCCAGCCAGCCAAGAUCGGCCACCCCCAUGGCCUGCAGGUCACCUACCUGAAGGACAACAGUACCCGCAACAUCUUUGUCUACCACGAGGACGGGAAGGAGAUCGUGGACUGGUUCAACGCGCUCCGUGCCGCCCGCUUCCACUACCUGCAGGUGGCAUUCCCAGGGGCCAGUGACGCUGAUCUGGUGCCGAAGCUCUCCCGGAACUACCUGAAGGAAGGCUACAUGGAGAAAACGGGGCCCAAGCAAACAGAAGGCUUCCGGAAGCGCUGGUUCACCAUGGAUGACCGGAGGCUCAUGUACUUCAAAGACCCCCUGGGGCUGCCCGGCCUCUGCCCACAGGACGCCUUUGCUCGUGGGGAAGUCUUCAUCGGCAGCAGGGAGAGUGGCUACACGGUGCUGGACGGGCUCCCACCGUCCACCCAGGGCCACCACUGGCCGCAUGGCAUCACCAUCGUGACGCCGGAGCGUAGGUUCCUGCUGGCCUGCGAGACGGAGACGGAGCAGCGGGCCUGGGUAGAGGCUUUCCGGAAGGUCGUGGACAGGCCCAUGCUGCCCCAGGAGUACGCAGUGGAAGCCCACUUCAAACAUAAACCCUAACGAGAGACGGUUCUGGAGGCCCGAGGGAACUGGACUCGCUGAAGUGGCCAUCGAGGAGGCAGCGGCCAGACUGGGGGGGGGCCGGCAGAUGAAGGAACCGGCUUCCUGGCCCCAGCCCUAAGUGGCAGCCCCGGACUUGGCCAGGUGGGGCCUGAGCUUUAGCCACUAGGACCUGUUUCUCUGGAACCUCACUGCAGGCCGGCCGACCUGACCUCUGACCCCACCAUGCUGCCACCCACUGAUGUGACCCCUGCCAUGCCCUCCCCCCCCCCCCCCCCCCCCCCCCCCCUCCCCCCCCGGCCACUGAACCACUCUUCCUCUGAGGCCUAGGCCCGGCCUCCUGGCUCAGGGCAGCCCGGCAGCCCCUCACCAACUCCCCCUGCCCCCUGCCCACCUAACCAGGACCCUGCCCCUGAGCAGGAGGCUGGGCCGUGGGGACAGCGGGUGGCCUGCAUGCCUGCCCUCCCCGUCCCGCUCCUCCUCCAAGCCCCCCUCAACAAGUAUUUAUUGAGCACCUGCUGUGUGUCGGUCAUGGGGUGCUGGGCGCUAGCAUGGGGGACAGGGUUCCCCUCAAGCAGCGGACCUGGCACGUGCGAGAGGGCCCCGGGGGGUCAGAGGCACGGGGGAGCUGCAGCUCACUGGGCCCCAGCACGCCUGGAUUGGGAGGGAGGGUGGACGGUCAGCUCCUGUCCGCGGCCCGCUGGGCACUGAGCCCUGGGAAGAUGGGGGCCCAGGCUCCCCCACAGGACCCAGCGCGCGGCUGGCCCGCCAGGACUUACGACCACCUAGCCGCCUCCAGUGGGGGGUCGGGGGCACAGAGAAGCAGCGCGUGCAGGUGGCAGGUACCGUGUGGGUGGCCCCCCACUGCCAGCCAUCCCCUAAGGCAGCCCUGGACCAGCCCUUCAGAGAACUAGGAGGGGGUCCCGUCACGCCAACCCUCAUGUCCUACCCUAAAGUGGCCCCUGUGUAGGGGGAGGGGGCCUCGGGGUCCCCAGGGCCUCUGCCUGCCCUUGUGGGCCCCCCACCACCCCAUCUCCCCUCUGCACCUGAGGCUCCCCUGCUCAGACCUGUGUAGGCCGGGAUGGGGGGGGUGCAGGGGCAGGAGAGAGUGCCCCCCUCACUCCCAUCUCAGCUCUGGUCCCCAAGACAGCUGGGCCGGGGGGUGAGGACAGUCGCAGGGUCGCCCAGGGCCCCCACCCCCUCCCGCUCCAGGCAGGUGCCUCCUCCCCAGCCGCGCCGACGCCACCACCCGUGAUCGCUAGCCCGUCUUCCCCGCUUCCAGCCCCGGAGGGGGGCGGGGCGGGGGGGGUCUCAUCCCGGGUGGAAAUGAAAAGACAGAGGCCCCCAGGACUCCCCCUCCCCAUGUGGGGGGCAGCCCCAGCCACGCAUUCUCCGGGACUGGUUUCCUAGGCCUUGUCUUGACCAGACGCAAGGGCACUGUGCCCAAGACACUUAACACGUUAAAAAGAAACAACAGAACAUCCUACCGUUGGCACAAGUUCUCCAACGAGGUCGGGAGCUCAUGGCCCGCAAAGGGCGGUCACGGUCCUUGCCUCACACACCCCCGGCCACCGGUACCCCGUGCUCCACGGGGGAGACGUGGGCGGCCCACGACCCGCACGGCUACAAACAGGAGGCAGCGUUCCUGGAAAAUGGCAGCGCCACUCACAACCGCAUGAAAAAAGUGGCAGCGCUCACAGGGAAAGCGGGGUCAGGUGCACGGCCGCAAAGCUGUCUCCUACCCGGGAGGGGGGUCUCCAUGUGCUGAGGGUCGAGACAGACGCUGCCACCAUGAGGGGAGUGCGGAGGGACGCCAGGAGGUGUGCGCGGUCUGUGCUCAUCUACUUAGUUUGGGGCAAAAUUCAACAUAAAAACCCGCAUUCUGCUCCGACGUCCCUCCCACUGGACUGACUGUGCUGGAUGCAUUUUGUGGUUUCAGAACAAGCAUCACGGCACAAGCCGCGGGUCCAUCGCAGGCUUGGGGCCUGCCCCUUAUGAGGACUCCCUCCACCACCACCCUCCACAGAGAGCCCCGGUGGGUAGUUUGUGGGGGGCUCAGCGCUCUCCUUCCCCCACCCCGUGGCCUGCAACGCAGAACCCGUGCCAAGGCAGGACCCCACUGGAUCUGGUUUCUCACAUUUAAAGAAACCACCACGUAGUUACACACAGAUCACAAGACCUUCCCGACACCGGCCGCUCGUGGCCGCCCACAGCACCCCCUGCGGGCACAGCACGCAGGCCUGGCCACCACUGGUCUUGGCAACCGCUCCCCGCCCGCCGGCCCCAGGAGCUCACUCAGAAAGGACGAGCGCUGCAAAGCCCAGUAUAAAGGAUUUAUUUCAACUCAACAAGUAACACAAACCUUCCUUUAAAUUCCAUUUUACAGUCAAUAAAAGUGUGUAUCUCAA